AUGAGUGGAAUGACCUUUAACUCUAACCCGAUGAUGUUCAAGGAGGAUGGCAUCGGUUGGGGAGGCUUCCGCCAAAGACAGCUCCUCCUCGGUCACCUGCGCCCAUCAGCAAUGAUGUGCAACGCUUCGUGGAGAACAUGUUUCACCUGUGGUGCAUGUCAUGCACCGCAGGUGAAACAUGUUCUCCAUGACGCCCACGUGCACAUGCUCCUCUGGACGCGAGAAAGAGUUCAACCCAGCCUUCUCCCCACACAGCUUUCAGCAGACGACGUGGAGCACCUGACGGACGACGAAGUUGCAGACAGGAUCCAGCCACGCACCGUAGAAGACCUCACCGACAAGUUCAUCUGCACCACCACCCCCGAACGCUGGAAAAACGUGCACCUGAAGUGCCAUCCCGAGAGAGCCGACUACAAGUGCCUCAGCCGUUGCACAUCAAUGAGCCCUGAGCAGGCCGGAUGGAUCCUGAGGCGUACAGCCGCAUUGCAAGGGCCAUUGAAGAGCGGCGAGCUCUUAUAUGGAUAUGGAAACCCUUUAGAGGUGGCAUUGGUUUGA